CCGAAAGAUAAAAGACACCCUGUUGGCCCGAGAAAGAAAGAGGGAGGGAGAGGGAGAGGAGAACAGCAGCGGUCCCUCCUUCCUCUUCAUUCACCUCCUCUGCACUGAGGAGACCUCACUGCUCAGCCUGCACUCGCUUAUUCUUUUGAUGCUGGGCACAAGCAUUUCAUCUCUGUCACACAAGGACCAAAACUGAUCACAUGCAGUCUCAGCAACGUGUGGAGGUGGUCGGUGAUCCAAAUGGCUCCCGGGUCAUCUUCUCCGGGGAGGAUGGAGUUUCCUCAGGCCAGCAGAUCCUGACUUCUCCAGUGAUGACCCAUGAGGUGGUGGUCAUCUCCCCUGGGCUCCCCACGCCUCCUCUGAGCCCUUUCCGCUCUAUGGGGUUGUCAUCUGGGGAGUUUAAGGUGUCAGAAGUGAAUGGAAAUGGACCAACAAAUCUCAGCUUUGGAUCUUAUUAUGGUCCAAACCAAGGGCAAGAUGGACUGUCCAAUGGCGUUCAAGGCCACACCACUUUACCACGCAGCUGGACUCCCACCAGAGAGGAGAGGCUUAUCAAGUUCUCAGGAAUUGGUCCAGUAGAUGAAACUGGGAUGCCCAUUGCCUCCAGAUCAAGUGUGAACAAGCCCAGAGACUGGUACAAGAGCAUGUUCAGACAGAUUCACAAGAAGCCAGAGGAACCUGAGAUGGAAGAUUCAGACCGAUGGUCAUCUGAACGAAUCCAGUUAUCUGCCAACAUCACAGAAGAAAGUAAUGAAGCAGACAAGAAUCUCUUCAGGCUAACACCUUAUGGAGCCCUACCAGACUGGAGCGAGGAUGUAGAUAAGCUGUCAGACCCGGGAAAGCAGCCCCCUAAACCGAGGAGCAUAUUUGACUUCGAGCCUGGAAAGAGCAGCAACUCGGAAAGCCAAAACCAGGUUCAUACAUCCCAGAAGAAACAACCUGAGACACCGAAUCCCCCUUCAGUUGAGGCCAGCCUGGUCUCUGAGCUGAGCCGCUUUGAGGCUGAGCUGGACUCGGAGAUCCAGGGCCUGGAGAGGAGACUUUCCCAGAAGAAGCUGCGUCGAGGCCGGGGUGAGGAGGCCAGAGGCAAAGAGCCGGUAACCGAACCAAAGACUGGGACUACAAACUACAGCAAUUCAUCAGCAGCGAAGCAGCCUGUCCAUCGCUCUGUUGGCUCAUCAUUGACCUCUUCCCCCACACAUGUAGAUCGCCUUUCUCCUGCAAAUGAAACCAUGGAGCUCCCGGCUAAGAAAGAGGAGAAAAAGAUGAAAGCAGCGCGAGCCAAGUUCAGUUUCCAAGCUCAGACACCGAAGGAGCUCAUGCUGCAGAAAGGCGACAUUGUUUACAUCCACCGGCAGGUAGAUGCCAACUGGUUCGAAGGAGAACAUCAUGGACGAGCGGGCAUAUUCCCCACAUCUUAUGUGGAGAUUCUGGCUCCUACGGAGAAGCCGACACCGAUAAGGUCUCCCACUCUACAGGUGUUGGACUACGGGGAAGCUGUGGCUCUGUUUAACUUCAACGCUGAUCUACCUGUUGAACUUUCUUUCCGGAAAGGCGAGGUGAUCAAUGUAACCAGGCGCGUUGACGAUAAGUGGUUAGAAGGGAGGAUCUCAGGGACCAACCGGAGCGGCAUCUUCCCGUCCAACUAUGUCCAGGUCAACAAGAUGCCCCGCACCAGAUUGUCCUCUGAAGACUUCCCAGCGGGGGGCCCCAUGUCUCCCGGACCCCAGAGUCCAGGCCGUCCGCUGCACUCCCCCUGCCCGCGGUCACCCUUAUCCCCUUUCACCCCCUCGUCCCUCAGCCCUAAACCCGGGAACUCCCCUCUGAAUCCGUCUUCACCUGUUCCUUACGGCAGCCUAGCUUCACAAUCACGCUCCCCCACUCAGACACCCGUAUCCAAAGAAACAGCCAAUCGAUGGCCCUCAAAAACGGCUUCACCCACCAACCUGAACAACAACCACUGGGCUGGGACACAAUCUGCUGUUUCCCACAGAGUAGGAGUAACCACAGCCAACACUCCCAGACACACUGACCCCCCACAGGGUGCGAUACCAAACUCGGUCACGGCUCGGUCACACGUUAACUCCCUGCCACAAGUGCCAAACAACCCUGAUUCCACAGCGGUGCCACGACACCCACAUAAAGCUGUUUACAACUACAAACCACAGAAUUCAGAUGAGCUGGAGCUCAGAGAAGGAGACAUUGUGCAAGUGAUGGAGAAAUGUGACGAUGGCUGGUUUGUAGGUACGUCAGAACGGACUCGUGCUUUUGGGACUUUUCCCGGGAAUUACGUGGCACCUCUUUGACCUCUGCAAUUCCUGCUUGCCCACAUCCACCUGGACUCAUACGAGCCCGAACAAACACUUGCUAAAGCUCAGAUCCUUCUCUGACACCCCAGCCUUUCUUCAUUCCAUUACACCCACCACCCUGCUAAUCCCAGUUAAAUCCGACCUGCAUGUUCCCUCUGUUUCCCAGAACAGAGGUGAAGGCAGGGACAACGAGUGGUUUUUCACCUCACCUCCCUGCAUGAGUGCAUGUGUGUGUGUGUGUGUGUGUGUGUGUGUGUGUGUGUGUGUGUGUGUUGCACUGAGACGUUGGGAGUGUUUUCACACACACUACUUGAGAGGAAAGAAUGAAUGCUGAUGAUACUGUUUCAGAUGCAAAGAAUGGACUUUUUUGUUCCGCAACUAUUUGCAGCUGCAGGAAAUUUGCAUUCCUUCUCAGUGAACAGCACUGUUCCUUUUGAGAUCCUCAUACCGUUUCUGUCACCACAGUGCCAUCACAAACCACUGCUGAGCAUUUAUGAAUUAAUAAGGCACAUUUUUCAGGAUUUUAAAUGGAUUAAUGUUUAAUUCAAUUACUUCCUCAGAUUGUUUUUCAGAUCUUUGAAAAUACCCUGGGCAUGUUUGAGGAAACAACAAGAACAUCUGUAGAAAUCUGCGUAACGUAAAGUACCGUAAGGGCACGGACAUGUCAAGAGACAGCCUAAUACAAGGCUAUGCAAAAGAGUGGUUAUAAUAAAUGUGUGAAUUGGUUUAAUAAGCAAGUUAAUAAUGAGGGAAAUGUGGCUCUUUUGGAUGUCCCUCCCAAGCCAUAGAGAGUGAUGCCAAAUGUGAAAGUUAAGAGAGGUCAUGUUCUGUGCUGGAAAGGAAGUUUCUUUACUAAAUGAAAUGUAUACAUUUGACAAGAUCCGCCUUGUUGCAUAACCUUUAGCUAAAUCUGGAUACUACUUCCAUAUUAAUGGUAAAUUAUCUUUUAAUGUACAUGUAUUUGAAGCAAAGCUCUAUGUGCCAAAUGUAACCUUUCAUGACAAUUCUCUUUUUAAAUCGCCAUUUAAAAAUUCCCAGCUCACCUUAUUUCUGCUACUACUGCUUUUAUAAUGUGUAUCUGCUUUCAGGGUUAACAUUCUCACAGUAUUUCCAAAAUCACACAUGUUUUUAACAGUGCAACUUUUUAAAAGUGUGACCUUGAAAGCUAAUUAAAAAUUCUUAUUAUGAGGUCAUUUUUCUAUGAUAUAUACAUGAUUUCACUGUAUAAAUUGAAUCAUAUUAAGUAUAGACACAGGAGAUGAUUGUACAGACUGUAACCUUUUAUCAAAUUGAAAGUAUAAUAUAUAUUUGCUUAUAAAACAAUGUAUCUCAUUUGUAUGGUACGCAAUUUUUUAAAAGCAAUUAAACAUUACAGAGUGAUACUGAGAGA